AUGGCUUCUGUUUGGUUGGAGCCCCAUGGCAAGGCUGUGCUGGUCAAGGGUGACACCAUGAUGAUCAAGGACCUAUUGAAGACGAAGGGUGGAAAGUGGAAUGCCGGACUAAAGUCAUGGCUCUUCCCAGGCAGCAAGAAGGCUAGCUGUGGGGCCGCAGUGCACGGCAUCUGCGAAAGCAUGUGGAAUCAUGUGCACACGCAUGGCAGCUUUAACAGGUGCAAUACGGAAUGCACAGCGGCUCAUUGCUACAUUGCUACGUGGUCCAUCAGCGUAUAA